GUAACUUUAAUGAAAAUCUGUGAAGAUGAAACCAAAUUGCAUAUUUGAAAGUAUAAACAUCGUUGCUUUACCCGGAAGAUUUAGUAGCCUUCUAUCGUUCUAAGACGUGAGUUUGGAUAUUAUACUUUCCAUCUAGUAAAUCUGCCUGUACGAAACAAUGGCGAAAGGCGUUGGGACGAGUGCUUUUAUUUGUCUGAUUUUUCUUGGACUGUUUUUAAGAUCAGAUGCAGACAUCACAUCAUGGACAACACCUAGUAUAACUGGGGAUAGCGGUACGGGAACAUUAUCAGUGGAUGAGGACCAAGCAUUGGACACAACAAUUAAAACAUAUGCUGCAGAGACAGACGAGACUGUUAAGACUAUUACUUACGCAUUGGUCACAGCGGUCGCACCAUUUACUCUCGACUCUACAGGGGAGUUAAAAAUAACACAGGCACUCGAUCAUGAAACUCAGGAUUCAUAUACACUUGAGAUAAAGGCCACAGACAAUAAUGAUGAAGUAGGUAUAGCGACUAUUACAGUCACAGUGGGAGACGUAAAUGAGGCACCAUCCUUUGCAAAGGCUACAAGCGGCAAACGCAUCUCCAAAGACUCCGCAACAGGUACAACCAUUAUGACAGUCACUGCAACUGAUCCUGAUGACGGUGAUGUUUUGAAAUACAGUAUCCAUUCCGGAGAUACAAACAGCGACUUUACCAUUGACGAGGCCAAUGGACUAAUCACAACAGCUAAAGUUAUUUCUGGUACCACCAUGAACGUAUACACUUUAGUUAUACAUGCAGUCGAUGAUGACGCCACAUCUAAAAAAACUGGGACAACUACAGUGGUCGUUUUGGUAGAAGAUUGUACAUGCUCAGGGGCGGCAUCUGUUACUGCUGGACUAGUUUUAGUUCUUGCAGGGCUUUUGAAAUUUCUGUACUAAAAUCGUUCAAGAGAUACGAUCACACUGUCUCUGGAUAAAUACCCCAAUUUCUUUAAGGACAAUUAGAAACCUAGAAAUUCAGUAUCGAUAAAAAUUCAAGAACUUUAAUCAUGGUUAAGAUCGUUUUUGAAAUUACUACUAUAGAAUCGUAACGAGAACAUCAGCUUGCAUAUAAAAAAUCAUUUCCUUGGCAUAAUUUAAUUAAACCAAGUGUAUUUAACAAUUCCUUUCGUUAAAGUGUUUAAUAAAUGUCAUAAUUACUUUAAUGUGCAAUUUAAACCUGUAUGGGACUCUUUAAUUUGAACAUGGGCUAGUCCUAUCUAUCAUAUACCGCCAUAUGAUUGCCAUAUGAUUGAUUCAGAAACAUUGUAAUAGAAAAUCGUUGCUGUGAUAACAUCCACUGUUUAUGCUCAGAUACAAAGAAGAUGCUAUUUAAUACUUAAAGGGACACGACUGUGUUUGUUUCGAGAUGUUUUCUUUCAUAUAAAUAUUUAGGUCUGCACAAUGUAAGAUCAUUGAUAUAAUCCCGCUAUUAAUAAAUGAAAUGCUCAAAUAACCUGAUUCUUAAUAAAAAUAAACACAAUCAUUAUCUAUAUCAUUAUUAGUAUAGUUCUUUUGCAAAUCCAAAUACAUAGCCCAAACUAAAAAAACAAAACACACAAAAAAACACUAAAACUUUUAUUUUUUUACCUUUUGGAACAUUUGGAUUUCAGUUGAGCAAUGGUCUAGACAAUUAAACAUCAAAACUAUAAAGGAAAAAGUCUCAGCACUUUUGUUUUCUGAAUCGGAUGUACGUUAACUUAAUAUUUAACUGCUAAAUUCUUGAAACCAAUUAAAAAACAUACAUGUAUAAAAAAAAUAAAUAAGAACAUAUAGCGGAUAUCAAUAUCAAAUCUACCUACGUAUGUUUUUACAUAAACAAAAUACAAAACAAAAAAAAAAGACUUUUGAAUAUCUGAUAUCUAAAAUGCAAUAUUCGGUAUGCAUUUGAAGGAACGUAUCCGAAAUCUUGAUUUCCAUAUCUUAAAAACAAACUAAAAAUAAAUGUUGUUUUAAUAACUCUUACUUAUAUGCUUUUAUUGUCAUUUAUUUAAAAAUCUUGGAUUUCUCUGAAAGCCCAUUAAUGAUAUGUUUGAAUAACAUUGAGACAUGGGCUUUCCUUUUACAGUUGUUUUGUGUUUGUAUUAGCACGGAUACUUAUUUUU